CUUCCCUCUUUUGUGUUAUUACCUAAGGAUAGGUUUUUGUAUACAACGUAUAAUUAAAAUGGGUUUACUAGUGGACCGCUUCGGUAAGCCAGUCGCGUUUCGCGAGGGCGUCGCCGCGGCACGCAAGAUCAUCGUGCAGGUGGCAAUCUCGUCGGUUGCAAACCAGGAUGGUCAGGGCAUCUCCCUAGCGCUGCUCGGCACGGUGACGGACCAGCUCCAGCUGCUGGCGUCGCUGGGCUAUGAGCUGCAGCUGGUGCUGUCGGGUGACAAGGCCACGUGCGACAAGGCCGCGCAUGCGGUGCAGAACCUGCUGAAGCUCAAGGAGCCUGUGGUGACUGUGCCUGUGGAGCACGGCGGCGAGGAGGGGCGGCUGGCGGAGGCGGCCGUGAAGGCCGCGGCCGCCAAGCUGCUGGUCUACCUGUCCGCCAGCAAGGGCGUGGAGGCCGCCGACGGCCGCGUGGCGCGUGUGUACCAGCCCCCCGCGGGCGCCACCGCGCCGCCUCCCACGGCGCCUGGCCUGGUGGGGGCUGCCUGGGCCCUGUCGGGCGGCUGUAAGUGCCCCGUGGUGCUGGCGUCCAUGGCGGAGCAGGACGUGCUGCUGCGUGUGGUUGCGGGCCAGGACGUGGGCACGGUGGUGGACCCGGCGGCGGCGGAGGCGGCGGGCGGCUCCAAGGCGGCCGCCACCGCCAGCAGCGCGCGGGACAUGGCGGUGCGCGCGCGCACAGCCAGCCGCCAGCUGCAGGCACUGUCCAGUGAGGAGCGCUCGCAGCUGCUGCUCAAGGUGGCGGACGCGCUGCUGGCGGCGCAGGAGGACAUCCUCAAGGCCAACGCCCGGGACGUGCAGGAGGCGCAGGGCAAGAUCACGGACAGCCUGAUGCAGCGGCUGGUGCUCAAGCCCGCCAAGAUCGCGCAGCUGGCGGAGGGCAUCCGCGCCAUCGCGGCGCAGGAGGAGCCGCUGGGGCGGCUGCUGCGCAAGGUGGAGGUGGCGGAGGGCCUGAUCCUGGACAAGGUGACGGUGCCCAUCGGCGUGCUUCUGGUCAUCUUCGAGGCGCGCCCCGACGCGCUGCCGCAGAUCGCCAGCCUGGCCAUUCGCUCCGGCAACGGCCUGCUGCUCAAGGGCGGCAAGGAGGCCACUCACUCCAACGCCGCGCUGCACAAGGUGAUUGUGGAGGCGCUGGGCCCCAUGGGCUCCGACCUGAUUGCGCUGGUGACCAGCCGCGAGGAGAUCGAGUCGCUGUUGGCGCUGGACGACGUGGUGGACCUGGUCAUCCCGCGCGGCUCCAACGCGCUGGUGAGCCACAUCAAGCGCAACACGCGCAUCCCGGUGCUGGGCCACGCGGACGGCAUCUGCCACGUGUACGUGGACGCGGCGGCGGACCUGGACAGCGCCAUCAAGAUCGUGCUGGACGCCAAGACGGACUACCCCGCCGCCUGCAACGCGGUGGAGAAGGUGCUCAUCCACAAGGACUGGGUGGGCAAGGGAGGCGUCAAGGCCAUAUACGAGGCCCUGCACCAGGCGGGUGUGGAGGUGCACGCUGGCGACGCCGUGAAGCCGCUGCUGCCCGAGCUGCCGCCGCCGCCCGCGCCCCGCCACGAGUACAGCGCGCUGGCAGUCACACUGGAGCUGGUUGACAAUAUGGAGGUGGCCAUCGACCACAUUCACAAGUACGGCAGCGCGCACACGGACUGCAUCGUCACCACGGACGGCGGCCGUGCGGAGGCUUUCCUACGCGGCGUGGACAGCGCCUGCGUCUUCCACAACGCCUCCACGCGCUUCGCCGACGGCUUCCGCUUCGGCCUGGGCGCCGAGGUGGGCAUCAGCACCAGCCGCAUCCACGCCCGCGGCCCCGUGGGCGUGGAGGGCCUGCUCACCACCAAGUGGGUGCUGCGGGGCGAGGGGCACGUGGUGGCCAAGGACCAGGGCGUGCGGUUCACACACAAGGUGCUGGCGGGCGGUAGCGAGGCGGGAGGCAGCGAGGCGGGGGGUGCGGGCGCGGGUGCGGGCGGGCGCCAAGGCAGCACCGGCCGGCGGCGCGGGUGCGUGGUGAUGUAGACGUGCGGUGUCGGAUGCGUAAAGGUGUCAAAUGGGAGAGGAGUUGCGCGUGGAGGGUGAGAGAGAGUUUGGUGGAUGCAGGACGGUGCAGGGUCGGGUAGGCGUGCGGUCCCAGGACAAGGGGCCGAGUUCGAGGGGCUUCAGAGAGGCCGCUACACACGGGUGCUGCGGUCGAAUGGGCAUAUGCGUGUGGUGGAUGGCCUGAGGCAGGGUAGUAGGCGUGAGCUGUUAUGCUCGACUGAUCACGCGGAGUGACGAGGCGUGUCCUGCGCCAGUGUCGGAAUGCGACUGGGACUGCCGAAUGACUGAUGACUCACCUGGCCAGUGCCUGGGAUGGCGGCCGAGUAAGUUUGUGCAUGUAGCGUGUAUGUAGCGUUUUUUAAAUUGACAACAACGCAAAAUAGCGACACGGCUGAAGGACCCCGAAGGCCCCUGUCCUGUCCCUCCUGCUCCACCGGCCUUCCGGCGUGGCUAAUGCUAAGCAGACGCACUGUGCCUCACGGUACUACUGCAAAAACAAAGUACAGAG